CACGGUGAAAGACACCUCCAACUCUCAACAUGAGGUUCAAUAUAGAGGAGCUCGAGGUGCUCUUUCCGUAUCCCAGCAUCUACCCCGAGCAAUAUGCCUACAUGUGUGACCUCAAACGCACCUUGGACGCAGGUGGCCACUGUGUUUUGGAGAUGCCUUCGGGAACAGGUAAAACUGUGUCCCUUCUGUCCCUGAUCGUGGCAUACCAGCAGGUCCAGCCUGAGAAGCGGAAGCUGAUCUACUGCUCGCGUACCAUGUCCGAGAUCGAAAAGGCUCUUGCUGAGCUGAAGGCUCUCAUGAAGUACCGGACCGAACAGUUGGGGUACGAGGAAGAGUUCAGAGGGCUGGGUCUGACGAGCCGUAAGAACUUGUGCCUGCAUCCAUCCGUCAAGCGCGAAAAGAGUGGCUCCGUGGUUGACGCGCGAUGCCGAAGUCUGACGGCGGGGUUCGUCAAAGAAAAAAAGGAGCGGGGUGAAGACGUUGAGAUGUGCGUGUAUCACGACAAUCUCGAUCUUCUGGAGCCUCAUAAUCUCAUCCCACCGGGCGUCUGGACGUUCGACGGCCUGCUAAAGUAUGGCGAGUCACAAAAACAGUGCCCAUAUUUCACAGCGAGGCGAAUGAUGCCAUAUUGCAACGUAAUAAUUUACUCCUACCAUUACCUGCUUGAUCCCAAGAUCGCCGAGAGAGUGUCGAGAGAGCUCUCGAAAGAUUGCAUUGUUGUCUUCGACGAAGCUCACAACAUCGACAACGUGUGCAUAGAAUCUCUAAGUAUCGACUUGACGGAAGACUCGUUACGGAAAGCAACAAGAGGAGUGAACAAUCUGGACAGGAAGAUUACAGAGAUGAAGUCAACCGAUGCUGAGAAACUCCAAAGCGAGUACGCGAAGCUGGUCCAGGGCCUCCAAGAAGCAGACGAGGCGCGGAACGAAGAUGCGUUCAUGUCGAAUCCGGCAUUACCAGAUGAUUUGCUGAAGGAAGCUGUGCCUGGAAAUAUACGGAGAGCAGAGCACUUCGUUGCUUUCUUGAAGCGAUUUAUUGAAUACCUCAAAACACGAAUGAAAGUGCUGCACGUCAUUUCAGAAACACCACCUUCUUUCCUCAACCAUCUCCGAGAUCUCACGUUCAUUGAGCGAAAACCACUCCGCUUCUGUGCCGAACGCCUUACGUCUCUUGUCCGUACCCUCGAGCUCACGAACAUUGAAGACUACCAACCUCUUCAAGAAGUAGCCACAUUCGCCACCCUCAUUGCUACCUACGAAACCGGGUUUCUGCUCAUACUCGAACCAUUUGAAUCCGAUACAGCGACCGUACCCAAUCCGAUUCUCCAUUUCACAUGCCUCGACGCCGCAAUAGCCAUCAAGCCUGUCUUUGAGCGCUUCAGCUCCGUCAUCAUCACCUCCGGAACCAUGUCCCCUCUCGACAUGUAUCCAAAGAUGCUCGCCUUCUCAACCGUCAUCCAGCAAUCCUACACCAUGACCCUCGCCCGCAAAUCCUUCCUUCCCAUGAUCGUCCCCCGCGGCACCGACCAAAGCCGUAUCACCUCCGCCUUCCAGCAGCGCAACGACCCCUCCGUGAUCCGCAACUACGGCAACCUCCUCACCGAAUUCUGCAAGCUAACCCCUGACGGCAUCGUCGUCUUCUUCCCCUCCUACCUCUACAUGGAGGGCAUCAUCUCCAUGUGGCAGGGCAUGAAAAUCCUCGACACAGUCUGGAAAUACAAGCUCAUCCUCGUCGAAACCCCUGACUCGCAGGAAACCUCCCUCGCGCUCGAGACCUACCGCACGGCGUGCAACAACGGCCGCGGCGCCGUGCUGCUCUGCGUCGCACGCGGGAAAGUGUCCGAGGGGAUCGAUUUUGACCACCACUACGGCCGCACAGUGUUGUGCAUCGGUGUCCCGUUUCAGUACACGGAGUCGCGUAUUUUGAAAGCACGUCUUGAGUUCUUGCGCGAGACUUACCGCAUCAAGGAGCAAGAAUUCCUGUCGUUCGAUGCCAUGCGCCACGCGGCGCAGUGCCUAGGUCGCGUAUUGCGUGGCAAGGACGACUACGGCAUAAUGGUCAUGGCAGACCGGCGCUUCUUGUCCAAGCGCCAACAGCUGCCGAAGUGGAUCCAGCAGGCGCUGGAGGACAAGUAUGCGGAUCUGAGCGUGGAUCAGGCUGUGUCGGCGGCGAAGGCGUUUUUGCGUGAGAUGAGCGUGCCGUGGAGCCGGGCGGAGCAGCAGGGGCUGAGUACGUGGGAUGCGGAGGAUUUAAGGAGGCAUAAGGCGAAGAUAGAGGAAGAGAUGAUUAGGAUGCUUGAGGAGGAGGCGCAGAACGGGGGCGGCGUGGUAGAGGUAGACGAGUAUGGGGGAGAUGAUUUGGAUGAGGUUAUGGCGGGACUGGACGCGUGAUGGGAGGAUAAUCAGCGAUAGAUCGUACGAUGUAGGGCUUGGGACUUGGGAAGGGGAUCAAUAGACACCGAUAUUGCUCAAAUUGAUACUAAUUUGCAAUGAUUUGUGGUAUGAGACUGCUGGGAG